AUGUCAAACUAUCUUAAUCUCCCAUUGAUUGUACAUACGAAAAGAAGUAAGUACUUUGCUGAUCUUUUAGCUGAAAAGCUUAGAUAUCCAGUUCUUCCUGUUAUCCGAAAACAAUUUUCUGAUGGAGAGUUAUAUUAUAAAUUUACAAUUCAAAAUAAAACAUCAUUAAUUGGAAAAGAUGUUUUAAUUGUUUGUUCAAUGGUUGAUGAUCAAGAACUGUUAGAAUUAAUUCGUCUUGGACUUGAACUUUCUGAAUUAGGAACAAGAAGAAGAGUGUUUGUUAUUCCCUAUUUAUUAUAUCAAACAAUGAAUAGAGCUUCGUUACCAGGAGAAGUAGUUACUUGUAAGUCAACAGUAAGAAUGCUUUCAAGUAUUUCUACAUGUGGAUUAGGUAAUUUGUAUUUGUUAUUAGAUCUUCAUACAAGUGGUAUUAUUCAUUAUUUUGAAAAAACUCAAGCAAUGGAAUUAUAUGCUCAAAAACCUUUGUAUAAUGCUAUUGCUAAAGAAGUUGAUUUUCAAAAUGAAGAUGUAGUCUUUGGUACAACAGAUUUAGGAAGACCAAAAUGGGUAGAAACAUAUUCAAAUCUUUUUGGAGUUGGAAUUGUUUUAUGUAGAGCUCCAAGAGAACUUAAUGAAAAUUCACCAGAAAUUAUGAAAGAACCUAUUGGCGAAUGUAAAGGAAAACAUGUAGUAUUAUAUGAUGACAUUAUUCGUUCAGGAAAAACUGCAAUUGCUGCAGCAGAAAAUUAUUUAAGACAUGGAGCAACAAAGGUUACGUGUGUUAUUUCUCAUUUUGCUGUUACAAAAGAAUCAAUUAUUCAAAGGUUAGAACAAAGUCCUAUAGAUAAAAUUAUUAUUACUAAUUCUCAUAUUAAUUCACAAUUACCUGCUGUAAAACUUUGUAAAAAAAUUAGAAUUGUAGAUGUUAGUUGUGUGUUUGUUGAACAAAUUGUCUCUAUCUAUGGUUCCGUUGGUCCAAAAACUUCUUCUCCAUUUGUUUUUGCUCUUGAUUAA